AUGGCCGCCAGAUCAUCGCUCCGAGAUGUGGGUCGUGUCAUGAAUAUUCCGCUCAAUGAAGUAGACAGAGUGGCCAAAGUAUUCCCUUCGCAUCUUACAGCGACCCUUGCAGGUGUAUUGGCUGAGAAGGAUAUUGACCCGAAGCAAAAGGAUGUUUUUACGAGUGAAGACAAAGAAAAAGCCUACGACUUCAGAAAGAUGGCUGAGGAAAAGUCUGAGAUAGAUGACAUCACCAAUUUUGUGCCUGUUUCUGUAGCUAAAGAUUCUGAACUUCUUGUAUCACAAUAUGAUAACAGUGUCGCGGAAGAAGCAGGACUGUUAAAGAUGGACUUCCUUGGACUCAAGACUUUGACAAUCAUCAAAGAUGCACUAGAAAUUAUCAAAGAUAGAUACGAUGUUGAUAUAGAUAUUGAUGCCAUAUCACUCGAAGAUGAAAAAACUUUUGAACUGUUUCAACGUGGCGACAUGGUCGGUAUCUUCCAGUAUGAAUCUCCA